AUGGUUAACGCUCGGGGCAUCUCGCUCCUGUAUGGGUUGAUCACCACUGCUUCUGCGUCUGUCAUUUCUGCAACCCAAUCCCACACCGCUCCUACUACAGUCGUAGCGAGUGCGACAUGCCCGUCUCGAACUGCAAACGUUAUAACGCAUAAUCUUCCGCAACAAUGUCUGACGUCGACCUGGAAGAGCACGGAAAGCAUCCUGGCAAACGUCACGGGUCUCGACUCUGCCCUUCCUACCUUAGCGUCUUUGGUUGCCAACACAACAGACUCUGAGUCUCAUAAUAACACGGCCCCAGCUGAGUCUUUAGAAGCGGCUCAAUCCACAGGGGAAUUCGUGGGAUCACCUACGGCGACCCCAGUGGUUGACUCUCCCAGCCACUUAGCAGCCGAGGAUCCCCGGAGCGAAUCAGAUGAAGCAUCACCUCUGGACGAUGGAAAGUUCAUGUCCUUCGAGGAUUGGAAGAGGCAGAAUCUACAAAAAUCUGGACAGUCUGAACAUGUGGGAAGAGAUCAUCCUCCAGAACGGCUCGCGCAGCGGAAACGACCCGCCAAUAUGCAUACCGCCCUGGAUACAUUGGGCGAUGAUGCUGAGAUCGAGCUUGACUUUACUGGCUUCAUACCCGAUGCCCCUGAGCUGAUCAGCCCAUCACGAGAUGGAACUGGCAGUGAUCUCCCCCAACUAUCAGCAGAACUUGCGGCGUCCUCCCCUCCAAAGAUCAAGUCUGGUAACAAAGACGCUGGUACAACUUGCAAGGAACGAUUCAACUAUGCAUCUUUCGAUUGUGCUGCCAACGUCCUGAAGCAUAAUCCGGAAGCAACCAGCGCAUCCGCCGUACUUGGGGAAAACAAGGACGCGUAUAUGUUGAAUGUCUGCAGCGCCGAUAACAAGUUCCUCAUUCUGGAACUGUGUGAUGAUAUUUCCAUCGACACCAUUGUGCUGGCCAACUAUGAAUUUUUCAGCUCUAUCUUUCGAACAUUUCGCGUCAGCGUUUCGGACAAGUACCCAGUCAAGGUUGACAAAUGGAAGUCUUUGGGCACCUUCGAGGCGAGAAACACUCGAGAAGUGCAAGCGUUUCUGAUCGAAAAUCCUGUAAUGUGGGCACGCUACAUUCGGAUCGAGCUAUUGUCGCAUUACGGUAAUGAAUAUUACUGCCCUGUCAGCUUGGUUCGAGUCCAUGGCACCACGAUGCUUGAGGAAUACAAGCAUGACCUUGAGUCUGCACAGGCUGAGAACGAAGAUGAGUCCGGGGCUGUCAAUCCCAGCGUAUCGCCAGAAGAUGCCCUUGUCCCAGAAGCUAUAGCAGAACCGCUAAUCCAGAAGGUCCUCGAACACCGAGCCCUGGUCCAACCUCCUGAGAGUAUAUCGCUGGAAGCGGAGCCAUCGAAAGACACUGGUGAAGUGGCAGCCGGCAGCAGUCUCACCCGCGAGCUGAGCGCAGAACAGAAGGUGACUGACAACUAUGGGAGCGAGGCUUCCAACGAGCCUAGCACAAGCUCCAGCUCGACUCCCCUGACUUCAGCAAGUAGCUACGAGCAUAACACCACCCACCACGUAUCCGACAGAACUCCUUCUCACCACUCGAAUCACACUACUUUGAACUCAACAGUGACGGAACCCAGCUCGAUUGCGGAGAAAGCAACAAUACCUGAGGCGAAUGCUGCGACGACAGCAUCGAAUGCAACGCCAAAUGGUACACAGGUUGGGAGUUCGUCGUCAGAAAAGGCGCCUGGUAGCUCCACGAACGCAACCGCAAGUGACCGACAGAAGUCGCCGGGAACACCGACGCAGAGUCAACCAGCUGCACCAACGAUGCAAGAAUCGUUCUUCAAAUCUGUGCAAAAGAGGCUGCAGAUGCUUGAAUCGAAUUCUUCUUUGUCGCUACAAUAUAUCGAGGACCAAUCUCGAGCACUACGUGACGCCUUCAAAAAGGUUGAGCAGCGGCAACUGGCCAAGACCGAGACAUUUCUCGAUCAUUUGAACAGCACAGUCCUCAGUGAGCUCCGAGAAUUUCGUCAGCAAUACGACCAGCUAUGGCAGUCGACUGUGAUCGAGCUGGAAAUGCAACGAGAGCGGUAUCACCAUGAGACAGAAGCGAUGAACACUCGACUGGGCAUUCUUGCGGAUGAGUUGAUCCUUCAGAAACGCAUCUCGAUCUUGCAGAUGGUGCUCGUUCUGAUCUGCCUGGCCCUCGUGUUGUUCACGAAAGGUGCUUUCAAUCAGUAUCUCGAGCUGCCGUUGGUGCAGAGUGUGUUGGCACGAUCUCCGAGCUCCCGCUGGCUCAACACAACAAGUUUGGAUACACCAACGGCGAGUCCGCCUGCAACACGGCAAAGCUCAAUACGCAAGCGCCAUGGCAUCUUGAAAGGUCAUCGUCGUGGACCGUCAGAAGACUCGAUAGAAUACUCGCCCAGCGCCAACGAGAUGUAUAGCCCACCCACGCCCGUCAGUAUGAGCUACGGCGAGCCGUCAGACGGAGAGCAGGCGAGGGAGCAAUGUGCUGCCGUAGAUGAUCCGGAGUUUGAUCCAAGUACGAUUGAGCGGCCCAGCACUAGUCCACCAGAGUUGCCCAGCACAGCCCCUUCGACGCCUGAGUUGAGGGGUGUGACCGACCAUGAGUCCAUUGAAUCUAGGCUCCUCAAUGCCACAUCGGAUCGGUCACAAUCACCAGGUCUUCCAAGGGUUAUAGUGGAAGAGGCUACUCCUCCACCAAAAAUACUGUCUUGGAAUCUACCGGGUGAACCAUGA